AUCACGUGGUAUCAGCAAAGUCAAGCGAGAUCAGAGGGAAUAAGCUCUGUGAAAUUUCAUCCGAUAAACAUCAAAUUGAGCUCGAUUAGAAUCAGUGAUCGGCUGUGUGAAGAUGAACAGUGUCGGUGAGGGCUGCACGGAGCUCAAGCGCGAGUAUGAUCAGUGUUUUAAUCGCUGGUUUGCCGAGAAAUUUCUGAAGGGAGACCGCAGUGGAGACCCGUGUACUGAAUUAUUCAAGAAAUAUCACACAUGUGUGCAGAAAGCCAUCAAAGAGAAGGACAUUCCUAUAGAAGGUGUGGAGUUCAUGGGCCCAAACAAAGAGAAACCAGACAGCUGAUGGGCCAGAAGAUCACCGAACAUGACCUGAUGUUAUUAAUGGAUGGGAUAUUCGUGUUUCAUCUAUGGCUUAUAUGGACAAGAAGCAUGUGCUUCCAUCAACAGACUUGAUGACGUAUUCAUGGACACCUGGAUAAUUUGUUGGAUCGUGCAUAUUUUUAAGGCCAAAGUGCUUUGCCUGUUAUAUCAUUAUUAAAGAGGAUUGAUUUGGCAUGCUUAAGCAGUCAAUGCAUCCCUGGUGAAUUUGAGCAUGCAGGAGAAAUGCAUUAUGUAUUGAAUAUUGCUAGAAAUCUAAAGGUUAAUGGGGAAGUGCGCCUCAGAUGAUUAGCUAUUAAUGUAGAGCAUUAAUGCAUUUGAGGUCAAUGUAAAAGGGUACUUCGGUUUUGCUUUGAGCAUCUUCAACAAUUGCAAGACAGUUGUUUUCCCUGAAGUAUGUGUGCGACAUCUUGUUCGUUUUCUGUUUUAUAAUCACAACAGUUCACAACACAUUAUUAUAUGUGAAACAGAUCAGUGUUGGUGUUUUAUUACAGUUAUGAAUGGACCAUUUAAAGUAUUAAGGACAUUUCUGUUAGUAUACGACAAGGUUCCCACAUCUUUUGAUUAAAUAAUUUGUUGUGAUUAGCCCAGAUAAGGCUUUCCACUAUUAGUUAAGCGAACCUUUUUGGAAUACAAUUAAAACGCUUUUUAGCUUUCA